AUGGCGUCUUAUGUAUAUUUCAAGUUCAAGUCACAGAAAGAACCUCAACGUGUAACCAUCGAUGGCCCUCACACGGAUGUCUGGAAUCUCAAACGUGAAAUCAUCAACAUUUCUCGCCUAGGCGACGGUACAGAUUUUGAUCUCAAAAUCUACAAGGAGAACAGCAAUGAAGAGUAUACCGACGACACCGAAAUCAUCCCCAAAGACUCGACUGUCCUCGCACGGAGAUUACCCGCAUCAGCACCAGGCAAAGGCCGGGCCGCUCGCUAUGUCUCAGGAAAGCCACCCAUCAGUGCCAAACCCACCACGGGAACCGCGGCGAAUAAAAUGGCCAAGGCGGUAGACAUGGACAAGGCCAUGACGGAGCAAGAAAAGUUAAAGGCUAUGCUCCAAUUCACCGACGCACAAUGGCAACAAAAACAAGAAGAGAUGUCGCACGAGACACGGGUCCCAAUGCAAGGGGGCAAGCCCUUCAAGAAGGCGAACGUCCCAGAAGGCGAGCCACCCCACGGGUAUAUCUGUUAUCGUUGUGGCAAGAAAGGUCACUGGAUUCAGGCAUGUCCUACCAACGACGAUGCCAACUACGAUAACAAGAAUCGCAUCAAGCGAACGACUGGUAUUCCUCGCUCAAUGUUGAAAAAGAUCGAUCAAGCAGACAUCGAUAAACUUGACGAUACUCAAAGACAACAUCUGAUGGUGAACGCAGAAGGAGAGUAUGUCUUUGCCCAAGCAGAUGAGAAGGCAUGGAGAAAACAUCUUGAGCAAGUCAAAGCUGCCGAGGCGGCUCAGAAGAAAGUACAGAUUGGUGACAAGGAGCUGCAAGAUUGGGGCCUGGAAUGCCCGAUCGACAAGCGCUUGUUUGUAGAUCCAAUGAAGACACCUUGUUGUGGGAAGACAUACUGCCACGAUUGUAUUGAAAACGCCUUACUCGAGAAUGAUCUCACAUGCCCCGGCUGUGAGACGGAGAAUGUCAGUCUUGAGCGUUUGGAACCCGACGAAGACGCGAAGAAGAAGAUCAAGGAGUAUGAAGCAGAAAAGGCAAAUGAGAAACAACGAUCUAGAAGUCCUACCGCCGCCGCAGGCUCACCCAAAGCCAACGCUGCAACCUCUGAAUCCAGACCAACCUCGCGGGAAGGUACAGGUUCGCCAAAGUCGACUGACGGACAGACCAGAAAACGGAGUGCAAGUGAAGUGGAUGGUUCUGGGCCAGAUCAGCUAGCUGCUCCUGCUAUGAAGCGUCAAAAGUCAGGCGAGGCUAACUCGUCGUCGACGCCUAAUCCCGAGACCGAGGACAAAAAGAGCACGGCGAAAGAGGAUACGAAGUCUCCCGAAAGUAACAAUGUGCUGCCUAUCAACAUGAUGCCACCUGAUCUCUCUCAGAUGUUACCAGGCAAUGCCAUGAACUUCCCUAUGAUGCCUAACUUCAACCCAUUCAUGAUGAACCCGCUGGCGAAUCCAGUGGCCAUGGGGAUGGGGAUGGGGAUGAAUGGGAUGAAUGGGAUGAACGGGAUGAACGGGAUGAAUUUUAUGAACCCGAACUUCAACAAUAUGAUGCCUGGCAUGAACGGCAUGAACAUGUUCCCCCAGGCCAAUGGAAACACAGGCUUCGGAAAUCAGACUCAAGUGCCCAACUUCAAUAUGAACAUGAACAUGAAUACGAACCAAACUCGUAGCAACAUGGGCCCCAACGGCUUCAAUAGCAACCACAGUCGACCGAACCGAAAUCCGCCCUUCCAACAACCCAAACCGCCACAACAGCCGGCGGGCUUCACGGGUGUUCCCACCGGGCCCAAGGCUCUCACACAGCAGCAGAAUCAACAAAACUUCUAUCCUCCAACGGGACCCGCGGGAGGCAAGUUCUCGAAUCAGCAACGGCAUGUUGGCAACGAGGAGGAUAAUGCAUACAUGAGACAGCCGGUGAACCCCCACCGCCAUUUAAAUCGCAACCGGAGAGUCAGGCAGGCCGAGUAUAGAGAACUAUGA